GUUUAAAAUCCCAAAUGAGCCACCUUUUUCAUUUCUCACAGGAAAGCUCGUCCUUAGCUCACUCACUUCUCUCUCAAUCUGAAUCCCGACUGUGCUACAGCCUUCUCUUUCAACAAACAUGGACAGUGGUUUCUCUUCUCCACGACGCGACAAUUUUCCAGCUGGUCUGCGAGUUCUCGUCGUUGAUGAUGACCCGACAUGGAUCAGGAUCCUUGAAAAGAUGCUCAAGAAGUGCUCCUAUGAAGUGACUACAUGUGGUUUAGCUAGGGAGGCUCUGAACUUGCUUCGCGAAAGAAAAGAUGGAUACGACAUUGUUAUCAGCGAUGUAAACAUGCCGGACAUGGAUGGCUUUAAACUUCUUGAGCAUGUUGGACUUGAGAUGGAUCUUCCUGUCAUUAUGAUGUCGGUAGAUGGAGAAACAAGCAGGGUGAUGAAAGGUGUUCAACAUGGAGCAUGUGAUUAUCUCCUCAAGCCAAUUCGAAUGAAAGAACUGCGAAACAUAUGGCAACAUGUGUUCAGAAAGAGGAUUCAUGAGGCAAGAGAAUUUGAAGGUCACGAAGGAUUUGAGGGCAUUCAUUUAAUGAGAAACGGAUCAGAUCAGUCUGAUGAAGGGUUGUCAUUUGCCCUAGAAGAUAUGACCUCCAUGAAGAAAAGAAAAGACCUUGAUAACAAGCAUGAUGACAAAGAAUACGGAGAUCCAUCUUCCACCAAGAAAGCUAGAGUAGUUUGGUCUGUGGAUCUUCAUCAGAAAUUUGUUAAAGCAGUAAACCAGAUUGGAUUUGACAAAGUUGGCCCCAAGAGAAUUCUAGAUUUGAUGAAUGUCCCAUGGCUGACGAGAGAAAAUGUUGCUAGCCACUUGCAGAAAUACCGGCUCUACUUGAGUAGGUUGCAGAAAGAAAACGAUCAGAGAUCUUCCUCAAGUGGGACCAAGCCAUCGGAUUUUCCUCUAAAAGACUCUGCAGGAAAUUUUGGAUUUCAGAACUCAAUAAACAGGCAGCAAAAUGAUGUUGCAGUUAACAGCUACAAAUAUUCAGAUGUAACGUUACAGAGUCAUGCUUCUGAAACGAAGAUUCACGACGGUGAUCUAAAGGCUAUUGUUUCAGAUUCUGCAUCAGAAAAAAGAAGAGCUUUGUCUAGCAUCAUUCCUGAUGCAAAGGUAUGUUCCAAUAUAAGCCUUAACCAUUCUUCUUUUGGACCUCUUGAGUCAGAAGGAAGCCAUACAGUAUUUGAUUGCACCAUCCCAACAACACAGUACAGCUGGAGUGAAGCUCCAGAAAUGCCACUCCAGAAAGAACACAAGUCAUUUCUUCAAUUAAAAGAUAGCUUCAGCCAGUUACCAUUACACGUCAGGAAGCACCCGAUUCAAGUUGACCAAUCACAUUCAAAUGCUUCAGUUAGUUCCAACCCCUCUAUCACAGAGGGAGAGAUUGCUGCCUGUAUUGAAACUAAGCCCAUGUAUGCUGAUUUCAAAAGUGGUUAUGCUAGUCCUGUGAGCUCAAUAGGGAGUGUAGUGGACACCUUUCCUACUCAGUCCAAGAGCUUUAUGGAGAAUGUUCAGCUCUCAGAACCAACCUCAACUAAGAAUUUGGGCAUGAAAACUCAGGGCUUCAAUCUAGGCUGCAAUUCUGAUCUAGAAUUUUACCCUGAAAACCUAAUUUUGGGAGGCGAGGUGGCUUCUGAACCUUCGGAUGAGGACUUGCACUUCUAUUGGCUGCAAGCUGAACGCUACAAUAUGAACUGGGGACUGGAGAAUAUAGAGAUGCCAGAGUAUUAUGAUCCAGGUCUUGUUGCAGAACUUUCAAGUCACCUACAUGAUUCAGCAGAUUAUACUCUGGUAGAUCAAGGACUAUUCAUAGCAUAAUCACCUUUCAUGCAUGAAAUGACUCUUUGGUGCUUGUUGGUAAAUUGCAAUUUGCAUCUACUAUAGAAAGAAUUCCAACUGUCAAGGUUGGGACAUUCAUUCUCUUAUCUGAAAGGAUUUGGAUAUGACUAUUUGUAUAAAAUGUGGGUGAUGACAAGAUUAACGUUAGUAAGGUUGCUUCUUCAA